AAUUUAUAAAUUUACGAUAAAAAUAAAAAAUUGCGGAUAAAAAUAAAUAAAAUAAUUUAUGAAAAUUUCGAUAUGAUACUCUUUAUCAUAUAUAUCUAUAUAUACAACUCGCGAUCGAUUUCGCGGUGCGCGGAUGGGCGGCGCGUGAAACCCCCGUCUCGGCGAGUAUUGGCUGUAAAUGCGCGGAAACGGGCGUGGCCUAAAACCGCGGGGUAGGUUCUUAGUACAAGAAUCAGGACUGCCUCACCUGGCAUGGGUCUUAACCGUACGAACGAAAGGGUGGGCGAGUGUGGAGGUGGAUCAUCGCUUAGUCUUGAAUCAGCUUCUGCACAGAGAUAUACUCUUGCGCUCCUUUUUCUCAUAUUCCUCCUCUUAUUCUUCCUUACUCAUCACUCGAGUCUCUCAGUACCGACUAGUCCCUUUCAUACUCCAAUUUACUAUUUAUUUAAAUCAUUACAAUUAACAAUGUGUUGUGUUUUAAUUUAUUUUAAUCAGUAAAGUGAUUAAUUACUCAAAAAAUGUGUAAUAAGUGAAUUAAAUAAAUAAUUAAUUAUUUAUUUAAAUUAAUUAGUUAUCGAUAGUAAAAAAAAACCACAAAAGGGAAAUUAAAUUUAAAAAAUGUUAGUACCAGCAGAUAUGCUGGCGUCACAUUCAAAAAUGGUCUAUCAGAUAAACAAAUAUUUUGGUGAGCGUGUGAUGACACGUAAAACACAAGUCGCUAAAACAAUUCAGGAAGUAUGUCGUGUUGUACAGGAUGUACUUAAAGAAGUUGAAGUACAGGAGCCAAGAUUUAUAUCAUCUCUGACGGAUUACAAUGGAAGAUUCGACGGUCUUGAUGUAAUAUCACCGACAGAAUUUGAAAUAGUUAUCUAUUUAAAUCAAAUGGGUGUACUAAAUUUUGUGGAUGAUGGUACACUACCUGGUUGCGCUGUUCUCAAGCUAAGCGACGGUCGCAAACGUUCAAUGUCACUGUGGGUUGAAUUUAUAACCGCGUCUGGUUAUCUAUCAGCCAGGAAAAUACGCUCCCGUUUUCAAACACUGGUAGCACAAGCUUGUGAUAAAUGCGCGUAUCGUGACUCAGUUAAAAUGAUAGCUGAUACCACGGAAGUUAAGCUGAGAAUAAGAGAACGUUAUGUUGUGCAAAUAACACCGGCAUUCAAAUGCGCGGGUCUUUGGCCGCGAUCCGCGAGCCACUGGCCGAUUCCGCAGAUACCGUGGCCGCAUCCUAAUAUUGUAGCGGAAGUUAAGGCAGAGGGAUUUGAUAUGCUGUCGAAGGAGUGCAUCGGCCUGCAGGGUAAACAGUCCGCGAUGGAAGGAGACGCAUGGGCCCUGUCUUUUAUCGAUGCCGAGAACCGAUUGCUCCAGGGCGCGAGUCGCAGGCGCUGUCUGAGUAUUCUGAAGACUUUGAGGGACAGGCAUUUAGAUUUGCCUGGGAAUCCGGUCACUAGUUAUCAUAUGAAGACUUUGCUACUGUAUGAGUGCGAAAAACAUCCCCACGAAGCCGAGUGGGAUGAAAGUUGUCUAGGCGAUCGGAUAAACGGAAUAUUUUUGCAAUUAAUAUCGUGCUUGCAAUGCCGCAGGUGUCCGCAUUAUUUUCUACCGAACUUGGAUUUAUUUAAAGGGAAAUCACCGAGUGGGCUAGAAAAUGCGGCGAAACAAGUCUGGAGACUCACGAGGGAAUUACUCACGAACACACGAGCGUUAGAAAAACUCUAGUGAUUUUAAAAUAAAUUUUAUUUGUUUAUUUAAAUAAUUUAAUUAUUUAUUUUUGUUUGACCAUUAGAUUGUUUUUUAAAUUUUGUGAUGUGAAAAAUAUAAUAAGUGCCAUAAAAAAAAGUAAUUUAUUUAGUUUUUUCUAAACGGCAUUUAAUGUUCACUAUUAUAUUAAUUAAUUAAUUAAUAAUUACUUGAUUAUAUUGAAUGUGAUUUAAAACUUGAAAACAUUUUUUUAAAAAAUGUAAUUUGAGUUUAUAAAUAUAUUAUUAUUUUAAAAUUUUAAAUUAUUUAUAGUGUUGCUAAAGACUUUGCUGAGCUAUUUAAUAAAAAAUAUAUCAAUUGCAUUUGUAAAUUAUAUGUAAUAACGUUUUUUU